GUUACUCUGUUGUUUUACCUUUUUUUAUUCACUAAACUUUAUUGAAAAAAUGUCUUUGCUGCUGGAGUUAAGUAUAGAAAGUUAAUGCAUAAUACGAGCCUCCUGUCUUGUUAUAAAAUUAUUGAUUUGCUCAUAUGAUUUAAUUCACAUUUUUUGUCAUUAAUAAUGCAAUUCCUAAUUAAAACCUAAUUCUUAAAGAGAAGCCUAUCGGCUAUACAUUGAAUUCAGUGAAUAUGAAUAUAUGUACAGUAAUUUAUAUGCAAUUUAUAAAUAUGGAUACAUCAUGAUUUUGUCUUUUAUAAACCUAUAUAUUGCCUAUAUGUAAUAGACUAUUGGAAUUUGCACAGCUUGGCUCUAGAUAAAUCUUGCUGUAAUUAAUAAAUAUGUCUUAACUCUGACACCUUCGCAGCAACUACAAUGCUGCAAAUAUAAUAUCAUAUUUAUGUGUGUGACUGUCAAUGGCAACAUUCAGUGUUUUAUUUUGUUUUCAAGCACAAUGGAAUUGGCUCGUACUUGUGUAGGAACGGAAUUUUAUCUAUCUCCUGAAAUCUGUGAAAAUCUACCCUACCGUAACAAGACGUAGGUCCCAGACGUUUUUUUAUUUAUUUACAGUUGCCUUUUUUUCUUUUCAUUUUUGUAAAGGUGAUAGCUUAAUUUUUCCUGUCCAUUAGUAAUUAAACAUUUAAAGUUAUUAAUAUUCAAAAGACUGAAAGUAGUUCCUAACAAAGCUGGACAAGUAAAGCAAUGAUGUAUAAUUAAGAUUAAGACAUUAAUAACAUACACUAAAGAUGUUGUCUUUAGUGUAUAUAAUUCUAUUUUUAAAAUAAAGCUUUUGUAUUUAACUGUACGUCAAUUAACCAUAGUUUGUUAAAUUGGUUUUAGGUGUCUGCCUCUCUUGAAAUAUUUUAAAUAUGGCAGUGAGCGCAAUGAUGUUAUGCUUUUUAGGGAUGUAUCAACAAUUGGUUAUACUUGUGUGUGUUCUAAAUUUCUCAUUGUCAGAUCAAACGGUGGUAAAUAGUAGAUAGUUCUAUAACACAUUCCAUCUAUCUGGUCUAUUUACUAAAGCCUAAUGGGCAUUUUCUGUUUGCAGCUAUAAUUCAUAGAAUGACACCUGCUAUUUCAGCAUUUACUCCAGAGAAAUAGACACACUGAUUGAGCUCAAUAACACUGGAAAGCCAGUCUGCAAGGUCUGCUAGUGAAUAUCCUGGAUCUUUUAACUGACUUUUUAGUAUAGUGUAGCUGAAUUCAGCAGUGGCACGGCUAUAUAUGCCACCUCGUAAAUCAACACAUAAGUGCUUUACAGCUCCCCUUUGCGUCUUUAACAUUAAAUAUGGCUCCCUCCAUGGAGUUAUGUAGCUUGGUUAAUUGUGAUAGAUGUUUUCAAAAAGAGCAGGAAGGGUUAGUAUAGUUUGUGAAGGGCUCUAGUAUGUAGAACUAUUAAAAUCAUGCAUGACUAAAAACACAUGUGUGUACACUCUAAAUGUUCCUGCGAGGAAUGUAAAGAUGGUUACAAUGAAAGUUAGGGUUAGGGUAUGCUGUACAGCACUGAGAAGUAAGACAACUAUGCUGAAGGUUUUACCGUAACUUUAAGAAUAAUAUUACUAAAUCUAACUCUAUCCCUACACGUAACCCUAAUUUUAUCACAUGACAGGAGGCUUCCUAUUUUGCAUAUCUCUCUUUACUAAACUCCACAGCAGUAAAGAAAGAGAAACAUUUAACCAAUCAAAAUGCAAUAGGGAGUAUAGUAUUAACAGUAAAUAGGCUCCUCCCCUCUUUCUUUACUGCUCCAUCGCAGACAGGUCAGAGUUUUUUGUUAAAGGACCACUAUAGUGCCAGGAAAACAUACUCAUUUUCCUGGCACUAUAGUGCCCUGAGGGUGCCCCCACCCUCAGGGACCCCCUCCCGCCCGGCUCUGGAAGGAGGAAAGGGGUUAAAACUUACCUUUUUCCAGCGCUGGGCAGGGAGCUCUCCUCCCCCGAUCCUCCUUCUCUCCUCCCCGUCAGCUGAAUGCGCACGCGCGGCAAGAGGUGCGCGCGCAUUCAGCCUGUCACAUAGGAAAGCAUUAUCAAUGCUUUCCUAUGGACGCUUGCAUGCUCUCACUGUGAAAAUCACAGUGAGAAGCACGCAAGCGCCUCUAGCGGCUGUCAAUGAGACAGCCACUAGAGGGAAUGGGGGAAGGCUUAACCCAUUCAUAAACAUAGCAGUUUCUCUGAAACUGCUAUGUUUAUAAAAAAAAUGGGUUAACCCUAGCUGGACCAGGCACCCAGACCACCUCAUUAAGCUGAAGUGGUCUGGGUGUCUAGAGUGGUCCUUUAAGUAUUUUACUGUUUAAUGUCAUAGGUAUCCAGAUUAUUUUCUGAUGUACAGUACAUUGAUUCUCUAGUUUUAUAAGCUAUCCAUGUUCUAUGGUGACUGACUGAUAAGUGUUUACAUUAAUCUUCACUUAGUUUUUUUCUCUUUCUAUUGUUAUAUUAUUCCGUUAUCAGUAUUUGAUUUUUUUUUUCUACGUUCUGUUUAUACCCGGUUUAUUUUACCGCCGAGACUUUCCCCUCAGAAUCUUUUUGUUCCACCGCUGUCUCCCGACGGCUCCUGAUUCACUUUCCCUUUACCGCUUUGUUUCGGCUUCCAUCCGCGUCUCAUUUCACGCGGCGGUCAUCUCCACUCUCGCAUCUCGCAAGACUACGGCCACCAUCUUGGAAGUCUCUGCGAGUGCCGCGAUCGACACACAACGGAACACAGAACGAGGUGUGUCACCCAAACGGAAAUUUUUUUUCUCAGUCUUCCGACAAUAUAAGAGGUCAGUCAGUUUUCCCUAGCGCUGUAUCUAAGCACUAAAGGCUUUAUUACCCUGUGCCUUCCUGGGGUGCUGCCCCUAUAUUGUGCUACUAUUGGAGGUCGCCCUGUGGCCACCUCUGUUCUCCUGGGUGAGGCCCAGUAACAUACAGAAAAUCCCAAUACUGUGGUUUUGCCCUGCUGGGGCAAUCUGACACUGCUUGUGCCAGUUACAUGCUGUGGAUACCCUGCUGGGGUAUCUUUCACUAUAUAGACCCUGCUGGGGUUCAAUACCAUUGUUUAUACCACAAGAAAUACCCUGCUGGGGUACUUCAUACUACACACCCUGUUGGGGUUAUUUUGUAAGUUGACACAACAAAUUGCACGAUACUGCAACACCCUGCUGGGGUCUGAAGGGUGCUACCCAUAUAGUCAAUACAGUGACUACAAAUACAGCCACACUGGUCUCUGCCAACUACGCCCUGUGCCAUACCUAUAACCUACUAGUUGGUAAGAUGAAAGCCUCUCAAAACCCGACAGACUUCCAAGCCAUGAUAAACGAGGCCGUAACCACCUCCAUGGAGAAAGCUCUCUCCAAAAUGAUGGCAAGCGGACAAGUCAGACUCACAUAAGGAUGCAUGGGGCUCAGACUCCGAAUCUCAACCCGGUUUCCUACAAAAUACCUUUCUGGGAGACUCCCAAGAGCCUGAUACUACGGAAACCCCACAGGAUGACGAAGACACCAUCUUUUUUUUUUUUUUUUUUUGUAAAUAAAGUUUUUCUUAGCAGUUCAGAUAAUAACAGAGAGCAGUGCUUAUAUUGUCAGUUAGACUCGCAGGUCUCCAAUUGCGUCUUACAUGUGUACCACCAGUUUUAGGUGGAUCUUUAUAUAGCAUUAUUGUAAGCGGAGGGCUGCUGGCCCACAACAUUAAGGGCAUAACGAUUCUAUAGUUGAUCCCCAAUUAAAUGGUAAGUAAUGCGGUAGGUCCUCUAACGUGGGGAGUGCGAGAGGGGUUUGUUUUGCGGGAUCGGGUCCUAUAGUCUUGCACCAGGUCUGGGACUCCCUUUCCUGUCUGCCUUUUCCCUAACUUCAACGGUGCCUAGGUAUGUUGUGGGUUCUCUACUGGGUCAUCUACCCUCUCGUUCUGACUCCCCCAUCGCGAGGCGAUGCCAUCACGAAGGGAGGGGGAGCGCCCAGUGGUGUGUUUAGUAGCCUCUGUCAUUUUGCUUCCUUGUGGGCGGUAAUUGUUGUCGUUCUCCAGUCGCUGUCCAUGUUUGGUAUCUGUGGUGUCUCUGGAGUGUUUUCCCUCCUUGGGUGGGGGUGAUGUGAUAUCUCAAUGUUCGGUUGUGUCAGUCAUCUGGUGUUGACUUAUGUUUGCUGUUUAUUGUAGGAGUUUCCCUUGUCGUGGGAACCCCCCGAGUCUAUCGAGCGAUGUCUCACGGGUCCCACGUCCCAUGGGGAAAUCGUGGUGCCUUCUCGGGCUCAAAUAUUUUGUGGCCAUGUUGCGCCAGGCGGUCCCCGACCCUGCCCGGGGGAAAGAAAAAGGAGAGAGGGGGGAGAGAUAGGGAUGGGUGGGAGUGUGUGGGGGGGGGAGAGCUGGGAGGUAUGGGGCAUAGCUAUGUUGUGGCAUGGGUCUAUCUUGACUCCCGAGUUAGCCGGUCAGGGCAGGUCCGGGUUAGGUGGGGGGGAGAGAGAAGUUGUGUUGAGAUGCGCAUGUUGGUCCAGCUGGCUAGGAUCCCCGUGGUGUCCCAUCCCCUGUCCUUGUUUGUGACGUAUAUAGGUACCAUGGUGUCCACAUUUCAAGAUGUUUGUCCCUCCUCCCAAGUAUCUCAGCAUAUCUCGCCUCAGCUGUGUGGAUCUCUUCUAUUCUCUGCAGCCAUUCUGUUUUGGUAGGUGGCUGGGUUUGCUUCCAUCUCGCUGGGAUCAGUGCUUUGGCCGCAUUAAGCAGGUGUCGUAGGAUUGAGCAUUUGUAUUGUGCCAGCUGUCCUGUGGAGAAGUGUAGGAGCGCGGCCUCUAUGCUAAAGUCUGGGUCACCCAGAAUUGUAGUGAUAAUCCCACCAAAUGUGGCGUAGUGUGCCUGGCUGCGCUUAGCAUCUCCAGCAGGUAUCUGGGACCCCCGGGAAUAUCCUGUGCAGUUUUGCUGGUGUUCUGUACCACUGGGAGAUCAGCUUGUAGUUCACCUCUUGGUAUCUGGUGCUUAUUGAGCUUUUGUGUUGUAAUAUGAGAAUUUGCCUUCAUUGGGCGUCUGUGAAGGUUCUGUCUGUCAAUUCCUCCCACUGCCUCUGGAAGGCGUUGUUUCUGGAGAGUUCCCCCAUAUGAGCAGUUGUUGAUAUAUGCCCAAUACUCUGCCAUCUGCCUCUAGGGAGCUCUCGCAGAGGUGUUCAAACCAGGUCCAUUCUCUGUGUACUGCUCCCCUAUUGGGCAGGUUGUGGUAGAAGUGCCUCAGCUGUGCAUAAUGGAAACGGUGCAUUAUCAUCAGACGAUCUGUGUCCGCCCAGUCUUGAAGGCUGCGCAGGCUGGUGUUUGUCAGAGCCGAACUCAGGGGUACAUAUCCCUCUGCGAAGACACCAUCUUUGACCCGUCGGGCCACAGACUAUUUGACUCAAGAAACAUAAGACACCCACGCUCAGGGGACUGGACACCCCCUGUACAUCUUGCCAAAUUCAUGCACCUCUGACUCCGUAAAUACCUGGACAAGACCGUUCGCAAUUGGCUACGGUCAGCAUGCCCAUGUCCCUCACUACCUGAUCAUGUCGCAGAGACACCCAAAUUCGAUCAAGUGAUGACCACUUUCAUAUCUCGAGGUGUCCGGAACCCCUGUUAGGGUGUGGAGAAGGGUUUCAGAGGGUUACAAGACAAACUACUGGAUUCCGUGGGACCACUGUCCAGGAUUAUGUACUUGGCUGACGAUGCUCUCGCAUCAGUUUGACGCAACCAUGGUUCGCGAGUGGGCUCAUGAUGUACGGGAGUGGGCACUCAUGUGUUUCCCUUUCGGCCUCAGCUCGGCCCCAUGGUGCUUCACCAAAUUAUUGAAGUCAGAGGUUGCUCAUCUUCGAGCACAAGGAAUUCGCUGCAUUAUAUACCUGGACAACCUGCUGCUGUUUUGCUCCGACAAGUCCAGACUGGUAUGACACACGCUAUACCAUGGAUCUCCUGUCAUCCCUGGGUUUCGUGGUGAACUUCCAAAAGUCAGCCAUCUCUCCAUCCCAGACAGUGCAAUUCCUAGGAUUCGAGAUAGAUUCCACCUCUAGCACUCUGCGACUACCGACAUCAAAGAUCUCGGCCAUUCGCAAAGAACUACGCAGGGCCAUUCGUUGCCACACCAUUCCACUCCGUGCCCUCGCUCGACUAGUGGGACUCCUCUCCGCUUCCAUACAAGCUAUCUUCCCGGGCCAACUCCACAACAGGGCGAUGCAAUGCCUCAAAGCUUCCUUCCUCAGACAAAACCCUUCAUACGACCAACUGGUCCCGAUAACGGAGGAAGUCAAAGACUAACUCAGAUGGUGGCUGGACAGCAUGGAAGCAUGGAAUGGUCAGGCCAUUUUUGGGAACACACCCGACAUAGUACUCGAGUUGGACGCAAGCCUUUUGGGAUGGGGCGCGACAAGCGAAAAUACAUUGACAGGAGGCGCCUGGACCUCCCAGGACCUCAACAUGCACAUAAAUUGCCUAGAACUUCUGUCGGGAUCCUUCACCAUCCACAGCCUGGCAAAAGACAAGACAGACUGCUGCAUCCUCCUCAGGAUGGACAACAUCUCCACAGUCCGCUACAUCAACCGCCUGGACGGAGCCCGCUCCCGUCUCCUGUCGGAAAUAACGAAGGACAUUUUUUACUUCUGUCUACCCCGCAACAUCUCCCUCAAAGCGGAAUAUCUCCCAGGGGAGACUAACUUCACGACGGACUGGUUCUCACGCCACUGGCAGGACAACAGCGACUGGAGACUGGACCCACAAGUCUUCAACAGCAUAACGGAACUACGGGGUCCGUUUCACCUGGAUCUGUUUGCGUCCCGCAACAACAGGCAAAGACGAGUAUAUUUCAGCUGGCUCCCAGAUCCUGAGAGCAAAGCAGUAGCGUUUCCUCCCUUCGCUACCUGAGAAUCCUCACCCACUACUCCUGGACAAUCGACUCACCCUGGUGGCUUGGACUCUUUCCGGGGUGUCAGGUAAGUCGGCGAACUAUCACAGGCUGCUAGGGACCUCCUAUGGGACUCAUGGGCACCAGGAACCAGAAUAUGCUACCUAUCUGCUUGGAAUUCCUGGUCCACUUGGUGUAUGGAACAGAACCUCGAUCCAUUUAUGGCCUCUAUUCUGGCCAUUCUAAAUUUUCUAUCUCAUCUGUUCUUGACAGGUCGAUCAUACCGAUCGCUUAACGUAGUCCAUUCCGCUAUCUCAGCGGCCCACGUCCCUAUACUUGGAAUCCCGGUGGGUAAAGACCCGCUGGUGUGUCAACUUCUGAGGGGCAUUUGACUACAAAGACCCCUAGGUCCCAAAUAUUCAUGACUCUGGGACGUCGAUGUGGUUCCUGAGAGACUAGCUGACGAACGACACACUAUCCCUCCACCAACUCUCAGCCAUACUUACGGUUCUGCUUUGCCUGGUCUCAUUCCACAGAGUAUCGGAUGUUCGGGCGUUCGACGUGUUCUCAGUCUCCCCGGAGGGAGUCACGUUCCGGGUAUCCCGUCGCACGAAAUCAAACUCUACGUCGGUUUUCUAUCCAUUUUUCACCACCGAUCCACAACUCUGCGUCGUCUCCACCCUACGACGGUAUGUGGAGGUUACGUUACCGAUACGGACCUCCUCCUCUGGUCUCUAUAUGAUAUGCAUUACAUUAUCUCAUUCUACAGUUACACUAGUGCUUAAAUGUCUGCCCAUCCGUAACUAGAAUUACUGUAAUAAUAAUCAAUGGGUUACUGUUUUGAGACCGGUGACUAACCUAUUUCACAAUUUCUUUUCAGUUUAAUUUCAUGAGUUUAUGGAGCAGCUUCAGCCAGUGGCGUACACACAACCCAUGGGGCCCCGGUGCAAAAAUUGAUCCGUGUCCCCCCACCGCGCGCUUACUCUGCGCGGUCCUGGGCCGCAACACAUAGCGGCGGGCACCUGGUCGCAGGGGUCGCAGCGCUGCGACCCCUGUGACCGCGGUAUGUAUGCCAGUGCAUGCAGAUACAUAUACACUUAAAGGACCACUACAGACACCCAGAUCACAUCAGCUCAAUGAAGUGGUCUGGGUGCCAGGUCCCUCUAGUUUUAACCCUGUAGCUGAAAACAUAGCAGUUUCAGAGAAACUGCUAUGUUUCACUGAGGGUUAAUCCAGCCUCUAGUGGCUGUCUCAUUGUGGACUGUCAGUGAUUCUCACUGUGAAAAUAACAGUGAGAAGACGCUGAACGUCCAUAGGAAAGCAUUGAGUAAUGCUUUCCUAUGGGCGGUUUGAAUGUGCGUGCGGCUCUUGCCGCGUAUGCGCAUUCGGAGCUGAGAGGCAGAUCGCGGCGGAGGGAUCCCCAGCGACAAGGGAGUCCGGCACUGGAGAAAGGUAAGUGCUGAAGACACACACACACACUCUCACGAACAGACACAUACACACUAGCUGACAGACACACACUCAAUGACAGACAGACACACACUCAAUGACAGACAGACACACACUCAGUGACAGACAUACAUACACACUCACUGACAGACAGACACAUACACACUCACUUACAAAACACACACUCACUAACAGACACCAAAUAAACUCACUAACAGACGCACACAAACUAACACACUCAGUAACACACUCACUGACACACACACUCUAACACUAAUACACACACACAUACUAACACACACACACUCACACAAAAACUAACACACAAACACACUCUAACACACACACACACACUCUAACACACACACGCACACACUAACACACACACACUAACAAACACUGACACAAACACUAACACACACACUAACACACACUCUAACACACACACACACACUAACACACACUUUUUUUUUAUUUCAUCCCCCAGCCUCCCUAGGGAGAGCAGAGGGGGUUCCCUGGGGUCCAGUGGUGUUGCUGUGAUGUCACCGGGCGGACGGGCUGUCUGUCUGGGUGGCAGGCGCACACAAACUAACUCAGUAACACACUACCUUAGGGAGAGCUGAGGGCAUUCCCUGGGGUCCAGUGAUGUUGCUGUGAUGUCACCGGGCGGACGGGCUGGCUGUCUGCGUGGCGGGUGCGCGAGGGAGCACUCUCCCUGGCUGAGUGCUCCCUGUUCAGCUCCCUCGCACGCCGCGUACUGAUGCAGGAGCUGGAAUAUGACGUCAUAUUCCGGCUCCUGCAUCAGUACGUGGCGGGCAAGGGAGAGUGCUCCCUCGCGCGCGCGCCACCCAGACAGCCAGCCCGUCCGCCCAGUGACACCAUGGCCUGCCUCGGGGGGCCCUGAGGUGGCCGGCUCCUGGGCCCCCCAGGAGAAGAGGCUGGCCACAGUGGGUACAUACCGGGUCGCAGGGUGGCCGGGCCCCAUGGUGGGCGGGGCCUGGUCGCAGCUGCGACCCCUGCAACCCCGGUAGGUACGCCACUGGCUUCACUCUGAAGCUACUUGGACUACUGAUAAUCCCAUGAAGAUCAUCAUUCUAUUGGACGUUCACCCGUUGGUGCUUGUUUAAAGACUUUAUAUGUUGAACCCUUUUUCCUGGUUACGAUGUCGCUUCCGAAAGAGGGGGAGGAGCCAAUUUACUGGGAAUACUAUACUCCCUAUUGCAUUUUGAUUGGUUAAAUGUUUCACUUUCUUUACUGCUGUGGAGUUUAGUAAAGAGAGUUAUGCAAAAUACUCACCUCCUGUCAUUAUUAAAAUUAAGAUUAUAGGUACACUAACGCUAGCAUAAUCUUCAAUUGUUAUGAAUUGCAUAACAAUUAACAGAGCCAUAAAUGAUGUGCUGCCCAGCUUGAGCACAACAAAACACAGAUAAUGAGUGACCUCUGCUGGCUAGAAAGGUCAUUGCAGCAGUUUUGCUCAUAACUUUCAGUGAGCCAGGGAAGAUGACUGAUUUAGUAAUUAAAAAGAUUUGGUACUAUAUAACCCAAUGCAGAAAGUAUCCAUACAAUACCCAUAAAAAAUGGAAUGCAUGACUGGUUCAAUAUCAAUGCUUGAAAAUAAUAUUGAUGAUUUCUAAAUAAAUGAUUAAUAUUUUUCUUUUUUUCCAGGGACAUCUGGUCUUUAGGAUGUGUACUAUAUGAAUUGUGUGCACUGAAGCGUCCCGUAAGCAUCUAACUUACAUCUAGAUAUAAACACAAUACAUAGCUAGGACAAUCAUAAUGUGUGAAUUAUCAAUGUCUAUUUUUAAUAUAUACUGUUGGAGUGUAUCAAAAUAGUUGCAUUUAUGCAGGAAAUUAUGUUAUAUUUUAUAUCUUGCAUUUGAAGACCGUGUGGACAAAUUAUAGAUUACAUAAAGUAGCCGCACAAACGUAUAUGCAAUAGACGCUUUAGACACGCAGAAUAAAGAAACGUCCAUUUAUCCCUCUAUCUCCUUGUUACCUGUGCUGUUUCUAAAAAAAGAGCGCAUAAAAACUAAAAUGAUCCCUAACAAUCAAUAUACCACAGUGGCAUAACAUUACUAAAAUUUAAAAAUCUACUACAAACUACCACUGUGACACACAAAAUCACAAUCCAAUAUUGAUAACAAUUGUCAUAAGGUGAUAAUGUGCAUACAAAGUGCUUCACUGUGUAUAGUGCAAUCACAGCAAUCCUUAAAGGACCACUAUAGUGCCAGGAAAACAUACUAGUUUUCCUGGCACUAUAGUGCCCUAAGGGUGCCUCCCACCCGGCUGUGGAAAGGGGAAAAGAGGUAAAACUUACCUUUUUCCAGCGCUGGGCGGGGAGCUCUCCUCUUCUGAUCCGCCUCCUCUCCUCCCCGUCGACUGAAUGCGCAAGCGCGGCAAGAGCUGCGCGCGCAUUCAGCCGGUCGCGUAGGAAAGCAUUUACAAUGCUUUCCUGUGGACGCUUGCGUGCUCUCACUGUGAUUUUCACAGUGAGAAUCACGCAAGCGCCUCUAGCGGCUGUCAGUGAGGUUUUGGGGGAAGGCUUAACCUAUUUAUAAACGUAGCAGUUUCUCUGAAACUGCUAUGUUUAUAAAAAAAAUGGGUUAACCCUAGAAGGACCUGGCACCCAGACCACUUCAUUAAGCUGAAGUGGUCUGGGUGCCUAGAGUGGUCCUUCAAAGUGCGCACAAGUACUUGAUUGCUAUACAUAGGUCUCAAUAAGCUGAAAAUUAGGCAAAAGGGAAAAGAAGACUAGUGCAACAUUACUAAGUCAUUAUGUCAUCACGCAAGACGCAGAAGUAAUCGCAUCAGCAAGGAUUGCAGCCAGAGAGUGCAACAGGAGGGCUCAGAAAUACCUUACUAAGAGGUGUACAUGAUCGGACUUGAUAUAAGGAGCACACAACAUCCAAAACCUUUGCACAGCCUGCUUUGUUUUAACUCUUUUGGUGGAUUAUAAUACAAGAUUGAAAAGAAAGAAUCUGGCUGGUGGUGAGUUUAGGUGUUUGGAUCCCACACACCCAAGGGACUGAUCUUCCCUGUGCUGAGUCCUGCUCCAUCCACUCCACCUUUGUGAGUGACAAUCACUUGAGUGCUUUCUCUAGCUAUUUUUUAAGUUCUUUGCAAUGUUGCACUGGUCUUUUUUUUUUUACUCUUUAUCUCUAUUUCAGCUUAUUAUCCACACAACCUAUAUAUAGAGUACAUAUAGGACGCUUCUAGGUGCCAGAAAGAGGGCGCUGCUCACCUCGCUACGGAGGAGGGGUAAAACUUUACAAUGGGACCACCCAAGUGGGCAGAUUGCAUCAUUCAUAUUAGGCAUGCCCCACUCAUAUAGGCAAACAUAUAUCCCUGACCCUAUAGUGUUAAAACCACCAUCUAGCCCCCUGGCCCCCCCUUGCCUCCUUAAAUAUAGUAAAAUAUGACUUGUAUUUAAGUCUGCAGCUGCUGCCUGUACCCUGAUCUGCAUGAUUGGCUGACAUCGUCAGAAGUGAUUCUCUGAGUCAAUCACAAUGCUUUCCCAUAGGAUUGGCUGAGACUGUAAAUGAGGGAGAUCAAGGGCAGAGCCAGCACAAGUCAAACAUAGCCCUGGCCAAUCAGCAUCUCCUCAUAGAGAUGCAUUGAAUCAAGUUCAGUGUCUCCAUGCAGAGGGUGGAGACACUGAAUGGCACUGCUGCACAGUGUGGAGCACUGCCCCAGGAAGCAUCUCUAGCAACCAUCUGAUGAGUGGCCAGUGAAGUUAUCACUAGGAUUUAAGGUAAACACUGCAUUCUCUCUGAAUAGUGUGUGUAUGUGUGAGGGGUGCUGUGUGUGUGUGUGUGUGUAAGGGGUGUUUGUGUGUGUGAGGGGUGCUGUGUUUGUGAGGGAUGCUGUGUGUGGGGAGGGGGUGCUGGGUGUGUGUGUGAGGAGUGCUGUGUGGGGGGGGGUGCUGUGUGUGUGUGAGGAGUGCUGUUUGUGUGAGGAGUUCUGUGUUGCAGAGUUUGAGGGGUGCAGGUAGCAAAUGUGUUGUGUUUUUUUUAAAUAAUUGCUCUACAUUAAUAAAAUCUUCAUCCCCCCUCCCUUCUUCUUACCUUUUGUGAAGGAGCAGGGACACAGCCAGCCCUGUUGGUCCAGUGGUGGUGAGUUCUGUAUAGCCUGCAGCUCAUCUGGCUGCAGGCUGUCUCCUGUCCUCCUAUGCGCAGAAUGCUGUAUGGAGCAUUGCCAUGGUAAUGGGCGGCAAUGCUCCACACAGCCUGCUCGCAGGAGUAGCCUUACGGGUCCUCCAAUGAGGGGAGCACUUGAACACGAUCAAAGGGCCCUUGGGCAGGUGAAGGAGAUAUCUGAUCUCCUCACCGGCCCAAGAGGGCCCAUGGUCAGAAAACCUGAGCCGCCUCUCCAUGGGCCAGCAGAGGAGAUCAAAGGAACUCCCCUGUCAACAGGGCACGCUGGGCAGUGUGGUGGGGCCCCUGGGCAACUGUGGGGGCCCCCAGGCAACUGCCCAAUAUGCCCAUGCGGAAAGACGGCCCUGGGUAUUCCCACAUAUGAGUUUUUGAGCUGCUAUUUUAAGCGCUUAAUUAAGCACACUAUUUUUACUCUAAGGAGUGAAUAUUUUGUUUUGCAGAUAGUAUGGUAUAGUGUAUAAAGAUUUGAGUGUGCAAAAAAUAUAGCAUAUUAGUGAGACCUAGAGUUAUCAAAUGCAUUUAUUGGUGCCCAGACUGUCCCUUUAAAUGUACAUGACAAUUGUCGUAAACUGUCUUGUUUAUUGGUAAUUAUGUAACCACUUAUAACUUUAUCCUAAAGUUUGAAGCACAGAGCCUUAUUCAACUGGCGGUAAAGAUCUGCAGAGGUCGUUUUGAACCAAUUUCUUCAAAGUAUUCCAAUGAUUUGAGGAGCCUGAUAGCUCAGCUUUUUAAGAUAUCUCCACGGGAUAGACCAUCUAUAAAUUCAAUAUUACAGAAGCCAUUUCUUGAGAAGAUGAUAAAAAUAUUUUUGAGUCCAGAGGUGAGUGUGUGCCACUAGUGUCCAUAAAUAAUUUCAUUGGAAAUUUGGGAGAAAGUAAUAAAAAUACUUUGUUGCUCUUUUAGCACAUUCAGGAGAAAUUCAGACACCUGGUAUUACACAAAAAGAAAGAAUUUCCUUCAAAGCACCCCAGAAGUACUCCACCAGGUAAUAGACUAUGAUACUGUUCCACAGUACUAUUCUUUACUGCAGUAAGCUCCUGCCAUAUUCAACACAAAAUCUAUAGAUAUAUUAAUGGUUACUGAGAUGAAGCAUAUUCAAUAUGUUUAGUACAUUUUAUAGCAAAAUUGGACACAAAUCAGGGGACAUUUGGGGGCGUGGCUUGGGCGCCGGACAAUAUGGCCGCUUAAGGGGCGAGCUCCGCUCCACCUGAUCCCUAUAUCGCACCUAGCAUCAGCGAGACUUGACGCCCAGAGGCUCCCCUAACCCAGAGGGGUACCCAGCAAGGCCCUUUGGACGGGUACUUACAGCCGCAGACGUGCGGGAGCGGUGAGGCGGGAAGCCCCAAAAUGGUGCCAGCAUCCCCGGCGGGCUCCGAUAACACAGCGCUGGACGGGAUAGAGGAAGAACUGAGGAGCCUCACCGCAUCUAUGGUCACUAAAGCUGACCUCCACACCCUUACAGCCGCCAUUUAGGAGACAUUGAGAGCAGAAAUGGCGGGUAUAAGGUCAGAGGUCACAGCACAAGCGGGCCGCAUCCAGGUACUUGAGCAGACUUCUGAGGCCCACACCAACAAGCUCACUGCAACAGACAUGGCAGUGGCCCGCCAGGGGGAAGUUCUACUGGCUAGGCGCAGGCAUAUGGAAGACCUAGACAAUAGCGGGCGUCACUGCAAUAUUCGGAUCCGCGGCAUUCCAGAAAGUGAGGGGGGAAGAAAAUGCAGAGGAAAUCCUCACAGAGCUGUUCCAAACACUGCUGCCAGUGACUCCCCCCAGCGCUUCGAAUUUGAGAGAGCCCACAGGGCAUUAAGACCUAGAUCGUUAGAGGAUGGUCCCAGAGAUCUGGUGUGCUGCCUGCACUCUUUUCCGGUGAAGGACUCCAUCAUUAGAAAGGCCCAUGAGUGACCUACCUGGCCACUUAGAGGAGUGCAGGUUUCCCUCUACCAUGACCUCUCCCCCAUCACCUUGGAGGCGCGCCGAGCACUUAGACCAGUCACAGUGGCACUACGGGAACACCAUAUCCCUUACAAGUGGGGGUUCCCGUUUGCCCUACUCGCACGCCACCAAAAACGAUGGGUCCCGCUGAGGUGGCCGGAGGAGGUCCCUUGUUUCAUGGAGGAACUAGAACUGCCGCCGGUAACAGUCGUCAACUGGAUUCUGGGGCCCAUGGGACCCCCACCGAGACCCCAAAGGAUACACAGACGCGACACACGAUCCCAACCGGGACACCUUCCUCAGAGACGUCGGCAUCCGGCAGCUCCGGAGGAGUAAGUGAGUAGCUUCAGAUAUAGGGGGCACCACCACACCGCCCACGCACCCAUGAACACCACAUGGCUCCAGUGCCCGCCUCUCACUUAGGCCUCCCGGGACUGUUUGGACAUCUGCGCAUCGGUCAGGUGGUUUAACUGCCCUGCUCGCCCUCCCGGGCGACACGGGCUGCCAUCAACCUCGGUUCACUGGGGCCCCUGAACACAUAGGAUGGGUUCAUUAGCGGAUCUUGGGGAGGGGGGAAAUGGGUUCUGCAGCUGGGCACAGGACCUCUUACUAACUAUCUCACGAAAGUUAAAAUUCAGAUUCCAAGCCCUGAAGAGGGGCAGACUCCCCUUGGACACUUGCAUACGGACCUUGGGUACUGGGGAGGGGGAACGGGGUGGAAUGGGUCCAGCCUGCCAGGGGACCAGGCGCACUACAGCAUCCCGUGUGGACUGGGUCACACUCCCCCCCCCCAUUGUGCUGGGGGACGAUGCACAGGGUCUGUACAAUCUUUGCACGCGACGGGACUCAUGGCUACUGGUCCGGGGUGGGGGGGAUCCGGCGGCCUCCAUUGGGCCUCCCUCACUACGAAGGGGGGGGGCUCUGUAGGGCUGCGGGGGCCCGUCCUCUCCCGCCCCUCAUGGAUGGUUCUCAGACUAUGCUAUAUGUCUUUUUUGUGUUACAAUAUGCUCACACGCCUAUGAUCAGCACUGCAUAACCCUAUCACCUGAACGACACAGGCGGAAAGCCAUUACAGCAGGGGACGUGCCACUUGGGGGGGGGGAGGGUGGGACUCAUACAUGACUUGUGGGAUAACGGAGGGAGCUGGAUACCAACAUUUAUGCUAGCAGGGGCGAGAAUCCAACCCACGAUACUCUCACUGGCAACCGCUCCCGACAUUAGAACGCACUCGGAACACUAGGUGAGGGGGACUUUAGGCGGGACGGGGUGGGGGGUGGGUCCAUCUGACAUCAAUCACCUUCUUAGGGCAGAGAAGGGGGGCCAAUAGCUGGAGCUAGGGGGGAGAAUUGGUGGCACUGGGUACCAAGGCUCUUACUCCGACAGGGUCAUAGAGUUAGUGACAGCAGGCCUCCUCCCACAUCAGAGGGGCCAUUCAUUAGGCCCGAAAUGAUAGCCCUACCCAACCUAGACACCAUUAGCCACGGCCAGGUCUCUUGCCUCCAGGGGGCACGGAGACUACGCUCUAAUCCCGGCCCCGCACGGGGGGGGGGGGGAUUUGGAAGGUAGAUCGAGAUAAUAGAGCACAUGGGGGAGUGAAGGGGGGCACACGCCUCAGUGGGAGACAUCCACACACUUAGGAUGUUACUAUGGGGAGAAGUUGACCGGGGGGGGAAGGGGGAUGUUGUUAAUAAGUUUGUACCGGCCGAAUUAUUGCACACCAGUUAGACUGACAAAAGCUAUGUCUCAGGUUACGCAGUUAGAAGGGACGGGUGGGGCGGGACGAACCAACCCCUCCUUUCUCCUUACACCUUUUCUUUUCUUUAGCUGCAUGGUAGUUGGACGGGGCCGGGGCCGCGUCUCCUAACCUACACUCAGGCUAAAUUCUUGUGACUGUACGGCGGGCACGGUCGCAUCCUGGACGGGUUUCCGGGGCGACACACCGCCGCGCCCAGCCACUGCUCGAGUACCCUCCAGAUAGGAGGGAUUAGUUACGGGAUCUACACAAUCCCAACAAGGAUCUACACACCCCAUAAACUCACACCUCCACACAUCGCUACCAACAACCCCCCGCUGCGUACUCACCUAUUCUCUUUUGACCCCGUUUCCCCCCCCCUUUUCCCUCUCUCUCUCCUCCUUCUUCUUCGUCCGCGCCGGGGGCCCGGGGUCGCUCACUCGCCGCGGGGGUUGGGGCUCCCCACGCCUGAACUCACAGCAUAGGUGCACGGGAACCAGACACCAACUAUAACAGAUGGCGUACCGCAGUGCACCAAUAUCGAUACUCACCCUCAACUGCAGGGGCCUGAAUGCUCCGGAGCAUAGAACUCAUCUUUUAAAAGAACUGAAGAAAAAGCACAUCUCGGUGGCGAUGCUCCAGGAAACACAUUUUAGGGAGGGGGUGGAUCCUCCCUUGCGCAACAAAUCAUACCCGAACAACCACUUCUGCAACCACCCUUCAGCUCGCAAAUCUGGUGUGGCCAUAUUGCUCGCAGCAGAUCUUGCCUUUAAGGAACUAGACAAGCACCAGGAUGCACAGGUGCGUUACAUUUUCCUGAACGGUAUUAUAGCAGAUAAAAUAUAUACAUUUGCCACAAUCUAUGUUACCAAUAGACACCAAGCCACGUUCUUGAAGAGAACAUUGACCAAACUGCGAGAUUUCAUGGAGGGUACUCUGUUGGUGGGACGGGACUUUAACGCCCCCUGGACCCGAUGUUGGACUCGUCAUCAGGUCAUAGCUGUAUCCCCCAACGCAAUAUUCGAUCCAUUCGGAAGCUCACAAGAGCAUUAUCUUUGGUACACUCAUCCAGAUAGCAUCUCAAAAAAAGAAGGCGGCCAUUCGAGAAAUGGCAAAAUUCUACGAGACCAUCUCAACUUUAGAGUCACAACAUAAACGGCACCACCUCAACGCAACCUAUGGUGAGCUCACGGAGGCCAGACGAGCACUAAGAGACCUUGUAGUGAAGAGGCACCUUCAUGCUCUACAGAGCACGAGAGGCUUCUCUUACGCUCACGCUAACAAGGGGGGUAAGCACCUAGCCCGACUUCUGAAGGGCACCAGUCCACGUACACAAAUCUGCAGCUUACGCCUUACAUCGGGCGCGAUCUCCCCCUUCCCUCAGGACAUAGCGGAUGAAUUUAGGCAUUUUUACCAAUCCCUGUACAACCUCCCACCGCACGGGGGGCAGGACCGAUCGCAGCACAACCAAACCCUGCGGACCGAAUACCUAAACGCCACUGUCACGGAAGUGAUCAACCCUGACUCGGCGGCGGUCCUGGACACACCUAUUAGCAUGGAGGAGCUGGCCAUUGCCCUGAAGAGAUCUAAAACCGGCAAAGCCCCAGGACCGGAUGGCUUCUCCACCGGCUACUAUAGAAAAAUUUGCUGAGAGACUCCUACCGCGGCUCACGAAUGCCCUUAACGCAGUGGCGGAGGGGGGGAGACUCGGUCAGGAAUCCCUACCGCAACAAUCACUGUUCUACUAAAACCUGGGAAGGACCCACAAUGCUGUGGUAGCUAUCGUCCGAUAUCCCUUAUAAAUGUUGACACCAAACUGCUAGCGAAGGUGCUCGCUACAAGGCUCCAACCCUACCUUCCGAAUCUGAUUCAUGCGGACCAAAAGGGGCUUUAUCCCUGUGUGAAGCGCGUGAUAGUAUCCUAAGACUCUUUUCCGUCCAACAUCUAGCGAGGAGGAGAGGGGAACGCCUUUUACUGCUGUCGACAGACGCGGAGAAGGCGUUCGAACGGGUCAAUUGGCUGUAUAUGCAGGCCACAUUGGAGGCGAUGGGCCAGGGGCAAACCCUUCGGACAUGGAUAUUGGCUUUAUAUAGCACACCACGAGCUUCCGUGAGGGUCAACGGAGCCCAGACAGCCGAUUUUGCAAUACAUAACGGUACUCGGCAGGGAUGCCCCCUCUCCCCACUGUUAUUUGCCCUGUCCUUGGAGCCACUCCUACAGGCGAUCCGCUCGAAGCCAAACAUACAGGGAUACGAAGGAGGGGGAUCGACUCAUAAAGUGGCGGCGUACGCUGACGAUUUACUUUUCUUUAUAAAACACCCACGAACCACUCUGCCAAACUUGUUGGCGGAAUUUGAUCGCUAUAGUGCAGUAUCAGGAUUUAAACUUAACCUCACAAAAUGUGAGGUACUGAACCUUACACUACCCACAGCGGAAUACAGGGCGCUGGAAUCUGAAUUCGCAUUCAGAUGGUGCCACGGCAAAAUGAAGUACCUGGGCGUCUGGGUAACCACGGACCCUGGGAGACUUUACGAGAACAACUUCCAACCCCUCCUACACACAAUAAAAACGUAUUUGGCCAGGUGGGCCCUCCCACACAUAACGUGGCAUGGGCGCAUAGCAGUGCUCAAAAUGAACAUGCUACACAGGGUGCUGUAUCUCCUACACUACCCAUCACACUGCCGGCGUCCUUCUUCUCCUUCCUGAAAACGGCGGUGCUCCGCUUUACGUGGCGAGGCGAACGCUCCAGAUUGCGGCAUGACAUCCUCUGUCUGCCCAGGUCUAGUGGGGGACUAGCUCUGCCGGACUUUAGAAAAUAUUAUCAGGCCACGGUCCUGCAGCGUAUUCUAGACUGGCAUCAGAAUCCUUUGCGAAAGCCUUGGGUACAGCUGGACAGAGAGGCUACGGAGGGUAGGAUAGAAAGCAUGAUCUGGGGAGGGGACCUGGGACCUCGGGAGCGGGGAGAAGAGGAGGGGCCGGUCACGCACACACUCCGGGGAUGGAAAUCUUUAAAGGAAAAGCCAAACAUAUCACCCACGCCUAGCCCACUUCUCCCGGUGAUGCUUAACAGAAGAAUUGGGGGAGGGCCAUGCCGGCCAGAGCAUGGAGUUUCCUGGGGGAGGGGGACUAUAUACUCAUACGUCGGGCCCUAAGCACCAAUGGACUUCGAGACCUAGACAGGCUUCUGGAGCGGAGACCAUGGACCCCCAUGAUCAACCUACGAUACCUGCAGCUGAAACACAAUGCUGACACACAGAGAGCAUCUACAUAGGGAAUCGACGUGGUUCGAGGACUUGUGUGAACGAGGCACCUCCAUAGAACAUGCCAUCUCCACAAUAUACCAACAACUAAUAACAAACAAAUGGACAACCGUGGCCACCUUCAAGAGGCAUUGGGAGGAGUCCCUGAAUAAAACAUUCACCACACCACAAUGGGAUAAGGCCCUGAUAUGGCAACACAAGAGCUCCAUCAGCUCAUGCUGGAGAUGUCAAGAGGAAAGAGGCACGCUGAUACACCUGUGGUGGGAGUGCCGGGACAUACUCCCAUACUGGGACAUGGUGAAAACGGAGACGACGCUCGUGCUGGGAGAUGUGCCGGAUUGGUCACCGGAACUGGCUCUCCUACACAUCUCUCAGCAAACAACUUCAAGCUAUAAAAAAUCAAUCCUCUGGCACCUACUGAACGCUGCUAAGGCAGCCAUUCCGGCGUAUUGGAAACAAAUUACCGAUACAGCGGGUGGAAGACAUACAGAGCAUGGAGGCGCUCCAUGCCUCCCUAAUGGGCAGGGAACUCAAACAUGCAGAAUUGUGGAGCCCAUGGUUCAUGUACAUUGCUCGAUGCCCUCGGGCGGGGGGUGCCUUUGGGCCCGUGGUGGGGGUGGGAGCGGGCGCGGGCCCUUCGUAGUGCGGACCACCCCAUCUUACAUACCCCCCUCCCUUUUUCUCCUUAAACCUCAACCAUACCAAGAAAUGCGGGAGGAAUCCCGACGCGGAACAUGUAGGACACGACAUGGGUGUGCACACACUGACACACCAACGAAAGAUGAGACACAACACACACACUACAGUCAUACAACCAACAAGAAAUCACAUACAUCGGCAUCUACCAAAAGUAGAAGCAAAUUAACCAAAGGUUACCUGUAACGGGACAGCCUUCAUGAACACAAAAAUGUUACCCAACGUACACCGAUACAUACCUCCUACAUUGCCAAGGACCUGCUCCUUCCCACUAGAGAACAGGGACAAGACUCGUAUGCUAUAGAGCUUGACACAGCUCAUCUGCCCAAGUACGGGAAAACCCGUGCUACAAGUCAUAGUUGUACACUCACGGUUGGUCAGGAUGCAAAACGCUACAUCCCCUGACAGAUCACAGAAGAGACAGUGGGCGACAGGACGGUAACUGACUUAUUAACUGUUGGAAAACCUCAGAGCUACGACCAGCCUAUGAACAUAAAGGCACCUAAACACCUCACGUUCACGAGUUUUACAUUUGUGGUUUUCUUUUCUUCCUUUUUUGCUCUAUUUAAUGUUGAGGACCUGCGAGUCCCAUGUGAACAACUGUCCUGUUACUUAUUACUUCUGCUUAUGAAAACUUAAUAAAAAUAGAUUUACAAAAAAAAAAAUCAAGGGACAUUUCAGUCUUAUUAUGUCAAGUUGCAGAGAUGUAACUCUCUCAUGUUGUGAGAACAUUUAUGGGGAUUCAGGGCUCAAGUCCUGGGAAAAAAGUGUGGGAGUUCACCUAAGAUAUCCCCCACCCCCCAAACAAAAACCAAACACUCGUAUGCAUAUAUAAACGCAUGCAAACACACACUCAGACACACAUGCACUCACAGACACACACAUACACUAAGAGAUGCACACACAUACUCAGACACUCACACAGUGGUGUAUUUAAAUUUUGUGCUGCCCUAGGAAUGACUAUACCUGAGCACCCCCCUAAUCUAAAUUUACCACCCCUUCUUGUCAAGGGCGCACCGCUUCCUGAUUAAGAACCCACCCCUUCCUCUUUAGACUUUACCUUUUCCUGCUCCUUUUAAAGAAACACUAUAGUGCCAGGAAAACAAAGCUGUUUUGUAACACACACACUAAAUGACAAACAGACUCUCACUGAUUUGACAGACACUCACAAACACACUAACAGAAGCACAUACAUGCAAACAUACACAUGCAUACACUAACAGAAGCUGUAACGAAGCUCCCUGUACUCCGACCGAGUACCCUCCGUUGACGGAUGCUCCUAACCCUUCCUGAGGACUCCAAGCACUGCAGCAGACACCACAACCACCGCAGACUCCGCAACCGCCGUAUCUUGACUGGAGUCUCGCCGUCUUCCUUCCACCCUGGAUCAGCUUCUGUCCUCCAGGACUGUGUGGGAAAAACCUCUCCCUUCCACCCUGUAUGAACCUCCAGCAUCCAGGACUGUGUGGUGAAGACCCCUCCUCCAAGGAGAGCGUGUCAGGAACAAGCUCUUAAAAGAGCUAAGUGACUCAAGCUCAGGGGAGCAUGCAGAGCAUAGCAAUCCCCAGUGUGAUUAUAACAGCUCCCUCCAAUAACGAGACAAGGCUACGUUUAGAGGGAUCAAGAAGAACUGUCAAAACCUUUAUUUCCCUUGGGACCAGCCAAUAGGGUCACCACAAUAACAUUGUUGUGAAACCUCAAUAAAAUCACAAACAGUCAAACCAUAUCAAGCAACACACAGUGACUUAUCACAACACAAUGGCACAUUUUUAAAGGGGUGGGGGGAGACAAUAUUUAACAGUAAAUAUCUCACCUGCCUGCAGAAUUAGCAAUAUGCAAAUCUACCCGAAUAUGCAAAUGAACCAGUCUUGCAAUUCAGGUAGUGCAUAUUGCUGUUGCUACCAACAGAGGGCACUAGACAAGCUCCAUAGCCAAACCCACCUAGUUGGUAGCAAACCUCAGCAAUACAAGAGAGCAGGCAAUACAUUACACAGUACACACACACACACACACACUAUAAAUAAUUACAUUACACACACCCUGCACCUAUAAUGGGUACAGGGUGACUAAAACAUAAGAUAAAUAAAGCAGCCUACAUAAAUAGCCUGUCUGAAGGUAGAAUAGGGGCUUUAAAGCCAAGUACAUCAAAGAGUCAUAGUCACAGGGGAGGAGGCUGGCAAGCAGGCCUCUCCAGUACCAAGUGGCGAAGGGCACUUCGUCACAGAAGCACAUACACACACACGCAUACACUAACAAAAGCACAUACACUCAUACACACACACGUACAUACGCUAACAGACGUAAAUACACUCAUACACACACACAUACAAUAACACACACAUAUGCUAACAGACAUAAACUAAUAGACAUGCACACACAUACAUACACUAACAGACAUACACACACACAUACACAAACAUACAUAUACACAAAUUAUUAAUAUUAUUAAAAUUAACAUUUUCCACCCACCCAGCCUCCCUACCUUUUGGGAAAGCUGGCAUGGAUGGGUCCCUGGGGUUCAAUGGGGCUGCAGUGAGGCAGGUGGCUGUCUCCCUGUCAGUCGCGGCGAGGGAGCUGUGUUCUCUCUGCUUCCUCUUGCCGCGCGGGUUGUUUGCUGAUGCCGGGAGCCGGAAUAUGACGUAAUUUUCCGGCUCCCGGCAUCAGCAAACGGCGCGCCCUCCAUGACAUGGGGAACACAGAGCAUUAAGGGGUGGCAUUUUUUGACGCCCCCUUGGUUAGUGCCUGCAGGGGGAACGGCGUUCCUGCUAUGAAAAAAGUGUAGGAACGCCAUUCCCACGCAUUCCUGCUGGACUCAUGCCCAGAUUGAUUCAGAGUUAGUGAAUGAUAGUUAAACAUUCUGGAGUUGGAAGUGUUUUAAGGGAUUUGAAAAUAGAUAGAAAUUCUAAGAACUUUUUCCUGGUACAGAUAGGUUAGAUUUACAGAUGAAGUAAAGAGUAAGAAGGCAGUUCUUUUGGUGUUAUUUUCAAGAUUGUUUCAAGAUGUCUGCUAGAUUGUCAGAUGUCAAGGGAUUUCAAGAGAUCGUCCAAGCAUUUCUUUCACCUCUUUUCUUAAUUUUCUUAUUUUUUUUUUUUUUAUAUCCUUAUGUCAUGGGGUUAUAUGUCAUUCCUUAUCUGUUAACCUUCUGACCAGGUCCAAUGGAAAUCUUGGGGCAAGUCUUAUGUUAAUGGCUGUUGACGUCAUAUAUAUGUUUCAAACAGCAGGUGGAGCUGUUGGCUUACGUCAGGAAUAUUACCAGCUAUUACAUAUGUAAGAUUAACUCUUGUUUAGGACAAUCAAGUAGGAAUGUUUUAAUUUCAAGAUUUUUUUCGUCAGCGUUUUCUUUUCUCAAUUUUUACUUUGGUUGUUCAAACCAAUUUGUCCUUGCUAACCUAAGCAUUAUUGCAUUUCAAGAUUUUAAGUUGUCAUACUUAAUCUAUGUAUAGGUUAUUACAUAUUUAUAUCUAUAUAUCUGUUUCUAUAUAUGUGUAUUGCUAACUAAGAAUAUAUGACAUUAUUUUACUAUUUUGUAUAUAACUAAACUUAAUUAUACACCUUAUAACAAUACGUAUGUGUUUGCUGAACAACUCAUUUUUAAUAAACAAAUACUUGUUCUCGCUCUUAUCUUUGUUCUUAUCGUUAUUGACACAGAUGUAUUUACUCACUGUUUGGCUCUUUAACUGACAAGGCAAAACUUUGAGGAAAAACAUUUGUUUUUCUUAAUUUUAAGCACCCAUGGCAUAUUAGCUCAAUUGCGUUUUUGCUAUUACAUGUAUCAGUUUUAUCCCACAAUAUAUACGCAUUUCCUUUCCUACACAAUAUCUCUGACAACGUAUGUGAUCUUUUUCUUAAGAUGUUCAAGUGCUCCCCUCAUUGGGUCAUGCGGAGCAAAUGCUCUACGCAGCAAUGCAACCAGAAGAGGGAAAUAGCGAAUGCUGCAUAUACUAACAAACUCAAUGCCAGUGAACGCUCCUCCUCCUGGUUUGUGUGGGCUGAAUUCAAUAAACAGCCACUUCUUAAGUCGUUCAAAUACGUGACGUCACACCCGCCCUUAAAGUUACUACGAAAUCUAUGCGACCACAUUACAUUACUUUUUAAAGUCGCAGAGAUGACGUGGACCAAUCAGAAUAUGCAUAAGGCUAUAUGAAGCCAAUUUGGGCCCUUAUUUAGUGCCCUAUUAUGAUUUCUACCUUGACACACCUUUAGUGCUUAUAGUAAGUCUUUUUUUUAUAUGAUAUUGACAUUGGCUUGUAUUUUACUUUGUGUAUUUCUAUAAUCCUGACCUUGGCUAUUACUGACUCUUUCUUUAUCUUUUUUUUAUGUUAAAUUCAGCCACUCUAAGGCUCUGUUUGUGGGAUUCACCAUUUCCUGUAAGUUAUGGUAUGACCCUGUGACACAGUCUUUGUGGUGCUUUUUGAUGAUGCAUACACACUUGUGACAUCAUGGCCCUCUGUCACAAAUCACAACCCAGUACAGGAUAUAUGUACUUCCAGGUUGUCCUUGUUUCCUUACCCUGUCGUGGUUUCUGUAUCUCUGAGAGUGCAUUAUAUAUUACUUGUUAUUCUGUUUUCUGACUUUGACGUGUCUGAUCAUUCUGACCUUGGCUUGUUUCUCAUUUCUGUGUACCUCUGUUAACGUUUAUUUUGUGUCUGCUUGAGAUUUUCUGACUAUAAUCUCAGUGCUGGCCCAGCCACACCAAGGACCAUUAUGCAUAGCUUCCUUGCAAUUACCUAGGUUUCUGGUUAGGGUCAAGCCAAUCCUGACACCAGGGAUGUCAGAAAAUUACCCCAGAUAUUAGAAGCUGCUGAUGUAUCUAUGUAUGAGACAGAGAUGGAAAAUGGUGAGGACUCAUAGAUAGAGUCUUGUAUGUAAUUUAUAACCAGGAGGUAUGGAAACACAUGCAUGUUAUCAUUUAUAUAGUGACAAUAGUUGAUUUUCUGUAAUAAUUAGUUUUAUUUUAUUUUUUCUAUUGUGAAUGUUGGUAGUGUGGGUAAAAGGCCUAGAACACUUAAUAUUCUGUUAAUGUAGAGAAAUGCAAAGUUAUGCAACCCAGAAGGAUUUGGGAAUUGUUAUUGACAACAAAUUAGUCAACAAUAUGCAAUGUCAAUAUGCAGUUGCUAAGGCCAGUAAGGUUUUGUCAUGUAUAAAUAGGGGCAUAAAUCCUCAGGAUCAAAAUAUAAUUUUGUCUCUUUAUAAAUCGCUGGUAAGACCACACUUUGAAUAUGCUGUUCAAUUUUGGGCAUCUGUUCUAAAGAAGGAUAUCAUGGCACUAUAAAAAGUGCAGAGACAAGCUACAAAUUUUAUAAAAGGAAUGGAGCAUUUUAGUUACGAAGAAAGGUUAAAAAUUAAAAUCUCUUUAGUUUGAAAAAGCGGCACCUCAGAAGGCAUAUCAUUACAUUAUACAAACAUAUUCGGGGCCAGUACAAACCAUAGGAAACAAGGUCACGUAUUGAGGCUGGAAGAAAUGAGAUUUAUUCUAAGGCAAAGAAAAGUUUUUUUUACUCUAAGAGCAAUAAGGAUAUGGAAUUUUCUGCCUGAAGAGGUGGUUUUAUCAGAGUCCAUACAGAUGUUUAAACUGCAAUUGGAUAAAUACUUGCAAAAACAUAACAUACAGGGAUAUAAUUUCUAAUUAGUGGGAUAAUAGUUGCUUGAUCCAAGGAGAUAUAUGACUUUUGGGGUCAAGAAUUAUUUUUUUUUCCAAGUUUGUUGCAAAAAGUACUUCAGACUGGGUUUUUUGCCUUCUUUUGGAUCAACAGCAAAAAUGUAUGUGAAGAAGGCUGAACUUGAUGGACUCAAGUCUCUUUUCAGCUAUGUAACUAUGUAUCCAACUCCACCAAAGCAUGAAUCAACAACUGAAUAUGACCUCAAUCACAAUGCUAACACCUAGCAAACUAAAAAACUGCACAGAAUAGCUCAUCUCAGUUGCUCUGUUUUAAUGUUUUAUAUACAGUCUUUGCAUAUUUCACAGCUAUAAAGACUAAACUGGGAAUAUUUUUUUUUCGACAGCUGACUACUCUCGCACAAACCAAAAACAGUGGAGACAGAAUGCACCUGGGACAAUGCUGAAGUCUUUGGCAGUGGUAGAAAUGCAAUCUGACAAUGUUUGUGGUAAGAGUAUUUUAUGUCUUUAUAGUUUAGGAAAAAUGUGGGUGGGUAUGCAUGAAGAUAUUGCUGCAAAAAAAGGGAAGAGGGAGGGAGGGAAUGAGUAUGUAGAUGUGUAAGUCAGAAAGAUUGUGGUGGGACUAAAUAUGAUAAAACUACCUACGGUUCAAAUAGGAAAAUUACUGUUAUGCAUCACCUGCAUAUGUCAAGUUGGUGUUUGCGAAGUCCUCCUUGGGCACAAAAUUUAAUUAAUCAUGUUUCCACAACAAUCCCAGAGUUCCCAGCUUGAUAUGCAAAUGGUGCCGAAAUGUUGUUCACCUUUUGCACUCCUAAAUAAAAGACUGCCUUCAAAAAAGUCACAGGUGUGCCCAAGCAUUUGUUUCUAAAGUUACUGGAAGUAUUGGGAGUUGGCCUUCCCCGUUUGGAGGCACCCUGAUAAUUCCAUGAUUUAAGGUGUGUGCACUUCCUCUCUAUCUGAAAAAUAUGCUAAUGAGCACAGACACACAUGUAGUGUUUCUUCUGCAUGCACCCAUUGCAAUGGACACGGUUUUAAAUAUAGCUUUUUUUAAAAACAAAAUCAGGGCUAUGAUUGCAAUGAGCUGUGUCUUAGGCUUAGCUCAGUGAACAGAACUUCCUGCUGCAGAGAGGCAGGGAGUGACACCCAGGUAAGUAGUCAAACUUUUACCAACAGUUUAAAUACUUAUAUGGGUUUUGGGUGCGUAAGGUGUUAAAGGCACCAUAACCACUACAAUGUUCUGUAGUGGCUGUGGUGCUUUAAGUGUUCUUUUAAUGACCUGCUACUUCUCAGAACUAAAGAUAUUACCAGCUAAUGGUGGGUUAUGUUUUUUUAAAAACCUAGGCGAGAGACAAAACAUACAUGUUAGAAUAUUGACUAGCAUUGUUCCCUAUCAUACUGAAAAAUUAUAACUUUAAGUAAUGUAUCACUAAGAGAGCAGAAAUCAUUCUUAAUUCAGUGCAUUAUCAUUUUUAAUGUCAUUUUCUUAUUAAGAUCGGAGUCUGAAGCAGUGGAAUCCAACCGAGGAAGAAGUAUAUGAGACUGAUACAUCAUCAGAGAUUGAUUUGGAUAAAGAACGCCUAGAACCAAGAUCAGAUGAUUACGACACGUAAGAACAAUAUGAAUUACAGAUAUCAUGUGUCAUUUUAAAGGUUUAUGUCAGAACUCCUACAUGGUAAAUAUUGUUUGCCCCACAAAAAUGUCAUUACAUCCCCAGAAGAUACUUACAAUAGCACAUUUUUUCCAAUUGCUCCUAGAGGAACCAGUUUCUAUAUUAAAUAGAUAUGGAGCCACAAGAUGCCUUUUAAAUAUUGCAGCAGUGGCAGUUUCUGAUGAUUAGAUAGUACCCAAUAGUUACUAAACAAUAUUAUUAUGGACCACUCAUCUCCUUCUUGCUCUAACACUUCAGGGAAAGUUAAAGGACCACUUUAGUGUUAGGAAUAAAGCUUUGAAUUCAUUACACUAUUGUGUCCCUCUGCAAUGAAAGAAUGAAAAACCCUUUAACUGCUUACCUGUUUCCGUCUUUUCUAAUGUCAGCACAAGUGCCGUGCAUUAGGCUUUCUCCAUAGGAAAGCAUUGAAUCAAAGCUUACCUGUGGGGAUUUGCAAGACACUGGAUGUCCAUAUGAGUGAGGACAACCAGAGAUGUUUCCCAGAGUCAAGCUCCAUGAACCUACAGGAAGCAACUCUAGUGGUAGUCUUAACCCUGCAAUGUACAUAUUGCAGUUUUUCGAAAAUGGCAAUGUUUUAAAUUGCAGGGUUAAGGGUACAAGGACACUGAACCCAGACCACUUCUAUGAGAUAAAUUAGUCGGGGUGCCUAUAGUGUUACUUUAAAGGGAAAGUCCAUGUUGGCGCUAACAGUUUUAAUGCCUUAAGAGAAAAGUAAAACAAGACAAAAGGCUAAACCUUACAACCACAUUCACGCAGGAAGAGUGAGCUCAUAGCUGCAGAAACGUUUUGCAGGUCACUGCAACUGUAAUGAAUAAGACAAAAUUAAUCUGGAACCAAGAUCCUGGCACUAGCAUAUAUAAUUGUGGUAAAAUAUACCUUUAAGAAACUUGCAGCAUAUAUGUUUGUGCAGCUUACUCAUAAUUCUUUCUAUCUAUAUGUUGCAUCCCAACAUGUUCCAGAAAGUAGCAAACUCAAUUCUAGGCGCCCAAUGAUGAGACCCAUAGAGUGGUAGGAAAAGAGAAAGGAGCUUGAAUUCUAGAAUGACAGAUUUGUUUUAUGCCUUUUGUUUUAACAGCGAUUUUGAAGAAUCAGAAGAUGAGCUUCAAGAAGAAGUAAAGGAAUCUAUGGAAAAAGAUUUGAAACAAAGAGAAGAUGAUGUAUGAAGAAUGUAAAUAAGAACGUGGAUGAAGAAUAUACUGAGAAAGCAAAAUAUACACACAGAAGAAACUGCCUUAAAUAAUAAUAAUGUAUCAUCUGAUCAUAUCCCAUCAUCUGCAACCAGUGUGCAAAAAAAAAAAAAAGAAUAUUGCUAUUAUUCAAGAUGCAGUGCUAGAUACCCCACUCGUAAAAUGUUAUCUGCGACAUACUCAAAACACACUGUAACAAUGUAACAAACUCUGCAUGGUAUUGUAGAGUGGUUAUUUCCACAACUGUUGUAGCAAGUCUUUUACUUUACUUUUUUUUUAACACCUUGAGGACAUAGGCAGUUGUACAAGUUCGGAUCAAAACAAAACAUAAACAAAACCUAGAAUUUGAGCCAAAUGUUGUUUGACCACAAUUCACCACUUUCUUAUUACGUGCAUCCACACUUAUUAUAUUUUAUUUUGUUCAGGAGAAAGAGUGCUUUUAUUUCAUAUCAAAUAUAUAUGUAUAAGAAAAAUAACUAAAUAUAAAUACAAUUUAAAAAAAGAAUGAGAAAUUAAGAAAUUGUGUUAUCAAGUUCUGUAUGGC